AUAAAAUGAUACUGAAGCAAGGUGGCUAACGAAGUUUAUGACAGUUUAAGAUAAACUUGCAUUAUUUCAAGAUCAUAUGUUAUUAAUUUAAAACUGUAUAAUCUGUAUAGAUUGCGACUUUCUAAGUUUAAUUUGAUCGUAAUAUGAACACAGAUGCAAGGCUUUGUCAAGGAAAGGAUGUUUUAGAAAGAAUGAAUUUUUUGUAUCAGGCUAGCAGGUUAAUGGUAUCCAAAGACGAUAUUCUGGCAUCAUAUUAUGGUAAAGUGAUGGUCAGUUGUGCAAGGAAAGCAGUGUUACGAAUAGAACCAGAUAUGAAGAGAUCGAUAUGUAAAGGUUGUCACUCUCCUCUCAUUCCUGGUAAAACGGUAAAAGUACGAUUAAAGUCUAAACCUACAAAAGCAAUUACUUGGACAUGUCUAAUAUGCAACACAACUAGGAAGUUACCUAACAAGGGUGAUUACAAGUUAUGGGUAGAACAACCUGAUGCUGUAAUAGAAAUGCUGGAUUAUUCACAUGAAACCGUAACUAGUGCUUCCCCCGUUAAUACCAGUGGUAAAAAACAUAAAAAGGAAUGUCACAAAGAUGUGAGUAAUAAAACAAAAGAUACUAGCCAUAACGAUCAUAAUGUCCAGGUAAUGGAGCAAGGAGAGAAUCACGAUAAUCAUAAGGUACUGCAGAAUACUGUCAAAGGAUCAGCAUAGCAUAAUGAUUAUUCUUGAAAAAAGUUUGUUCCUCCUAUGGCAUCUCACAUGAAACGCAGUAACAACUCACUUUCAUAUACGAAUAUUUUAUAUUAAUUGCUUACAUAAAAUAUGUUACAAUCAGUUUGUAACUAAUAAACAGACAAUUUUUUGCUAA